UUUAUGUGCACGGCUACUAUCGCAAUUACGGUGAAAAGCCACUGUCCAAAAUGGCGUCCUCCAGUGCCACGGGCUUCAGAUCCUCGCCCGCUCUAAUAGUUUGUCUAAUAUUUUUGUUGACACUGGCAUUCGCCUCUGCCAAAAAAAGAACCAAAACGGUGGAUUUCGACGUAAAGCCAGGGGGAGUUGUACACACAUUCGCUGCGAAAAUCAAAAAAUAUGAAUGCUCUUUCACCUAUGCAUCACAAGGUGGAACAAAUGAGCAAUGGCAAAUGAGUGUGGGUCUGAGUGAUGAUGAAAGCCAUUUCUCCUGCUCUCUGUGGAGGCCCCAAGGGAAAUCCUACCUGUUUUUCACACAGUUUAAGGCUGAAAUCAAAGGAGCCAAGAUUGAACAUGUCACCGCAUAUUCUCAGACGGCUGUGGGAGGUCUGGGUGAUGUCGCUUUGAAGGAGGAGGAAUACUCAGUGGGAGACCACACAGUAACCCAGAAUGAUGGAAAGUUCCGUGCGCAGCUCUCCAAGUUGACCAUGAUUGGCCAGACUAGCCACGAUGAGCUCUGAUUGGCUGGGACCUCUUGAGUUCAGCCGGGCCUGUUUUCAGAGCAAAUGCGAAGAGGAGCUGAAUGCACAAGGCUAUUUCGCUCUGCUGUCAAUCAUGACCCAGGAGGAAUGGCAUUCACUUACAACAGAAAAUAUGUCAAAACCUGAACUUGAUGCUGUUCAACUUUGUAGAUUAAAUCAAUUAAUAUAUAGGGGGCUUUUUUAUGGAAUUAUAGAGUAAAAGGUGAAAUUUAUUGCAGUCAGAAUUCUGUGAGGAAAGGGUGGAUGCUUUGGGUUGGGAAUUUAAAAACAGUAUUUCCUUGUCUCAAAGUUUCUUUUAUAAAAAUAUUUCUUUCCUUCUUGCACAGAUCUACCAUUAUAAAUGCAAAUGUGAUCAGAAAAUAGCUGAAAUGUAAGUAAAAUUUGUUCAGCAAAGGAAAGAUUGCAGUAGCAUUCUGCCUACACUUACCUUUCUACAGCGGAUAUGAGCCUUUCUGUACAGAAUUCUUCAGCGUCAUCAAUGACUGUGGUGCACUUGUCCUACACCAUCUAGUGUCACUGUGGAAACAAACAAAAAAUACACUUGGCACCUACAGGCUUUGUGAUAGAUGCCCAGCUGUUUUGCUGACUUUUUUUCCCUCAUUGUUAUUUUGGUUUAUUGGGAAAGUGGAUAUCCAAAUAAAUCCAUUUUUGUCAUACAACUGGGUGACUUGUGAUUCAGACUUCCUGCAAGUUAAAUUGUGAGUGUCAAGUUUUGAUUAAAAGCUUCAAACGAA